UUUGAUUGAGAUCUGGAGAAUUUGAAGGCCAAGUCAACACCUCAAACUCUUUGUUGUGUUUCUCCAACCAUUCUAGAACCAUUUUUGCAGUGUGGUGAAAGAGGCCACUACCAUCAGGGAAUGACACUUCCAUGAAGGGGUGUACCUGGUCAGCAACAAUGUUUAGCAUCUGUGGCAGCAAACCAGUAGCCCUGAAAUAACAGGACCAGAAAAAGACAGAGAGGUUCAGGAAGUGAGUUCAGAGCAUCUUAAGAGUCCGACUGCAGCAUUCCUUCACUAAGUUCUCCAGACAAGACUAUUUCAGUAUUAACACAAUGGAAGGCACCAGAACUUCCCUCUGGCUGUUUGUCCUGCUCAACCAACUGUCAUUCUGUCCCACUGAUGCAGAUCAAGACCUUUCAACUACACAGCCUUAUUCGUACAAAACAAAAGAUGGUGGUAGCUCAACCUUUGCUGUGGAGCUCAGUCCAACUACCACUGACCGCGCAAACUCUCCUGAUAUAGACACCAAUGGUACUCGUGGUGACUGCUGGAUCGACACUGAGAUGGGUCUGAUUGCAAUAAGUUCAGCAGGGGGGCUGAUUGUCUGCCUGUUGGUUGCCAUCGUGGUACUGGCAUGCCAAGUCUGCAACAUUCAGCGCCGGGUUUAUGCCCCCCGAACAUCCCGGUCCAACAUGGACUUGGUGAGCAGUGCAGGCUACUGGGGCACUGAUCGUCCAGAGGUCAGGGGACUGGUUGGACCGUGUGAUGCCAGUGUCAUGCUUGAGGAGGUGAGAACAGACAGCAAGAGUGAGGAAGACAGGCAGGCUGAAAUACAAGAUGCAAAGGAGGAGACUGGGGUAGGACUUGAAGCAGGAGCCACAGCAAUGGCUUUUGAUCCUGAAGAGAAGGACUGUUUUGUGCCAAGCUCCAGCUCCAGGGACUCCUGUCUGGAGGUUCCCAAGGAUCUAGAUGACAUGCCUCUUGUUGUGUGAGGAGAUAAUCCAACCUCAGUAAACACCAACCCCAGACACUUCACUCAAGACAAACAGCAACCUCUCAGUUCAACUGGGUUGGGGUUUAACUUAGCAUGUUUCAUUCAUGUCCUGUCCAUUAUAUUUUAGAAUUUAAUUAAAUCUCAAUAAAAUUAGGGCUAUUUUGGCAUUUUUGGAAAUUCUGAAUAUUGGUACUGAUACAAUAGCUGAGUUCUGGUACCAAUACCAAAAUGAACAGGUUUUUGUUGCCUAGUAAAUACAAUUCUAAAAUGUUACAUAUGUUGAAGUAUAUAGUCUAAAUCUGGCAAUGAUACUUUCAUUCAGGAGCUUUUUUUGGUCAGGACCAAAAAUAGUAUUGAUUAUAUGCCCAGUUUUAGUAAUGUGUAUAUAGUUUGGUGUAUGCAACCAGUGGAAUUUAUUCAAAAUAUCAACAUAAUUCAGAAUGAAGAUAAUAAAGUGACUUUUAAACAUCUGAAAUGAUGUGCUUUAUAUUUUUUACACACUUGCUUAACAAAUUUGACACUUACAGUGAGACUGCUUGAUCAGUCUCAGUUUCUUUGUUUUAGAACAUAACUGUGUGGACACAAUAAUCUAAGAAUAGACCAAUGGCAUACAAAAAACAAACAGAUCAACACAUUUUUAAGAUGUCAAAAAGAUCCCAAGAUCCAUCUCACACCAGGGACCUUACGUCAUGUCACACAUUGCUAAUGAUCCUUGUUGAAUUAAUAUAUCUCUGUUGAACCUUCUUUUACCUGUACUGCAGAUCUUUCGCUACUACUAUUCUUCCAUUGCUCUUGGCUAAAUGGAAAAAAAAUGCCUGUUAAUGUGUAAGGUUUUAAAUAAAUGGACUUUUGCAUUGUGUC